UAUUGUGCAUUUCUGGAAGUGAAAACAUCUGUGAUUAUAACAAGUCUGCAAUACGCAGGUUGAUAUAUAUAUAUCUUAUAUCAGAUUCCAGACUUGGUGAGAUGGAUCUCUUGUCAUUUGGGAAACUAAUCUUCGUGAUUAUAACCCCGGCAACAGGAAUGGUUUUCCCUCCCCCUGAACAUGCAGAACCUGUCGAGUCUUCUGUUUACAAGUCCUUCGUUCGCCCGCCUCGGUUCGAAGGUGGUUACCGCAACUGCCUUGAAAUACAGCAGAAAGGCAAAGCAACCAGUGACGGCGUCUACAUCAUAUAUCCCUACGACAGGAGUCCUCAGCGUCCUGUGGCCGUAUUUUGCGACAUGGCGACGGAAGGCGGAGGCUGGACGGUCAUACAACGAAGGGAAAACAUUGUCGUAAAAGAAAACUUCAAUCGAUCUUUCCUGGAGUAUGGUCUAGGAUUCGGUAAACCGGACGAGGAUCACUGGCUUGGCUUAGAUCACAUCCACGCCCUCACGAACCAAGGACACAGCCAGAUACGAAUCGACAUGACCGAUUUCUACGGCAACGAGACCUGGGCUGAGUACGAUUUUUUCUACGUGGGCGACAGGGAGAAGCAGUACGCUCUUGAAGCCAAAUAUUACAGGGGAGAUGCCGGGGAUUCCCUCUCCUUUCACAGCGGGAAGGAUUUUCUUGAUAAUGCGUUCAGCGCUUCCUAUGUACCGCUGGGCGGUUGGUGGCACGGAAGGAACAGGAAAUGCAACCUCAAUGGGGACUUUUUAGAUCAGAGUAAAGACUGUGAUUAUGGUGUCUUCUGGAGCUCUAACAACCGCUGCCAUCCUCUCAACAUGACGUCUAUGAUGAUCAGACCUAAUUACUAAAACUAAAUGAAGAUACAAAAAGAGAGAGAAAGUUAGAUAGACAGACAAACAUAGAGGGGAGGGGCAGAGAUAGA